AACCUUUUUGUUUAUGCGGCGAGCUGGGGAGAGAGGGGCGGAGAGGGAGCGCAGCUCUCAGUAUGCAGCAGGCAGCCGGGGUAUAUAUAUAAAGCUCGGGUCCCGGGUCUGGCGGAGAGAAGAGGCCCGGCUGGCCCGCGAGCUGGCAGCCGCCUUCUGCUGGGCUCCGCCGCGCCAUGGAAACCGGGGAGCCCUCGGCUAGCGGAGCCGGCGAGUGCGCGCCCCGCUGUUGCCACCGCUUCCCGCCCGCGGGCGGGGAUCGCCCGCCGCGGCGCCGGGGCGCGGACUCCGGCGGCGGCGCCUCCCCCACCCCGGCCCUACAGCCCGCGUCUCCCCAGCUCCUCCCCUCCGCUCUCCGCCCCCCGCCGGCCCCGGGGCCGCGCUCGGCUGCGGGCGGUCCUCCCGGGUCUGGGCUCCCGUCUCCUCGGCGGCCCUCGGGCCUCCCACCCCGCAGAUCUGCAAGCUUCUGGAGACCGUGGGUUGACGCCAGAGGCUACAAGGAGGAGGGGGCGUCGCAGCACGCGGCGGGGGCGAUGCCGGACGACGCCGGGGUGACCGAAGCCUCAGGAAAGCCUUCCCAAUACAGACACCCAGUCAGAAGGAAGAAUGGUGUUCAUAGUUGCAGUUUUACCGCAGAUCGCGCUUGACGUGGAAGAGAAAAUGGAGUGUGAUGAAAAUCGUAAAGAUCAAGAAGCUUCCGAAAAGGGAUCGAGGUUACUUAACAUGACAGUGAAGAGCUAGUUUCCCGUUGCUAGCUGCGGGAAGUCGGCCUUUCGGUGGAAAUCUUUGUAGCGUUUACUCAGGUGAAAGGUUCAUUCUGCAGUUUGCUGGCUUCAGAGGGCUGUGAAAUGCACAGCCCAUGGUAUUUGUAUUGUAUGUAUAUGUUUAUAAGUAGCUUGUAGAGCUCGAUGAAUGUUGAUUAAUUUUCUAUGUAGUGAUGGACACAGGAAAAAAAAUAACCACACCCCUUUGGCAAGUGUUGUAAUAGUUUAGUUUGGUCAGUUUUAGCAGUAUGUAAAGGAUGAGAAGUACCUAACUGGGCCAGACGGAGUGGGGCAAGAUCUGGGAAGUGUGUAUGACAGGAUGUGGUUACCUAGCUGAACCUUGAAGUUAGCCAGAUGGAUGGUAGGUGGGGAAAUGGGACAGAAGAAAUAGCAUAGGUGAAGGGAUACAGAGUCAUGGAACAACAUGGUUCCCAAUGGGAGCCUCAAGGACCUGGAAUUGGGUGCAUGAAGCUGUGAUCAUUCUAGCAGGUAAGCCAUAGGCCACAUCUUCUACACCCUGUUGUAGAGUUUUGUCCUGUUCCUGAGUGUGGCAUUGGGAAUCCAUGGCCUUUAUUUUGUGGAUGGUACCGGGGGUUACUCAAAGCUAGUAUGAUCAAUUUAUGUUUUAGAAAAUGCACUAAGAAAAUGGUAUAUAGAAUUAGUUAGAAAACCAAAAUGAAAUUGGAAGUUACUGUAAUUCAGGCAAGCUAUGAUAAAAAGCCAAUCUAAGGCAUUAGAAGUAGGGAUGAGACUGGGUGAAUUUGGGGAAUGCUUACGUGACAUAAUAGAUUAUGUAUAUAUAAUGUAUUGGAUAUGGUAGGUAAGGAGGGGUUGAAAAGACAGAAUGGCUUCUGAGUUUGUGGCUAGCGACCAGAUGAAUGCUGUAUUAACAGAGUGGAAAAUAAGGCUUAAAACAGAUUUAGGGAACAAGAUAAUGAGUCCAAUUUUUCAUAUAUUGUAUUUAAUGUGCUUAUGGGGUUUCAAAAUAGAUAUGUCCAGUAAGGAGCUGUGCACCCACACACGUAAGGGGCCUGGAGUCAACAUCUUAAGUGGAAAUACAGACAAUUGGGAGUCUUCAAUAAAUGAACAGUUAAAGAAAUCAUGUCAGUAGACCAAGUCUUUCAGGGGAGUGAGAGAGGAGAGAUGAUCACUCUUGAUAAAACACUGGGGAAGGCCAAUACCAACCUGUAUACAGAGAAAAAGCUAUAUUCAAAAGAUACUGAUAAAUAUCACUCAGAACAGGGAAGAAUUCAGGAAAGUGUGAAGUCCCCAAAAGAGAAGUGGUUACUCAGAGAUUCUGGGCAGAGUGUGGUAACAGUUAAACAACAUUCUUUGGGUUUGACAGUUCUAGUUAAGCAUUAGAAAAUUAUGUUUCCGGGGCACCUGGGUGGCUCAGUGGGUUAAGCCUCUGCCUUCGGCUCAGGUCAUGAUCUUAGA